AUGGAUUUUCUGAAAGAAGGUGGUUUGGUUUCACACUCUCCACUACUUGAUGGCACUAAGAAUUUCAACAAGAAGAAAAAAAGGCCAAACUUUGGAAACUUAAACCAUUUCCCGAAGAAUAAAGCUGCAGCAAAUAAUACAGUGAAGAAGAUAAAAAACAGGGGUAUUCAAUGCCGGGAAUACGACGGUUACGGCCACAUUCAAUCUGAGUGUGUCAACACUCUAAAGAAGAAGAAGAAGUCUCUGAAUGCGACGUGGAGUGAUGAAGACUCUGAAGGCAGUCCGGAUAAUGAAGACCAUGUGAGUAAUUAUGUUGCUUUCAAUGUUUAUACUGAUCAAAGUGUUUCUGCAGACAGUGUUACAAAAGGUGUCGCAGACAGUGUUGCAAUACUGCCUGUAACAGAUUCUGUGAACAGUGAAAACAGAGGAGAUUUUUUAGAUUAUGAAAGUAACAGUGAUGGUGAGGAGUUGACUAUUGAUGCCAUACAAGAAUCCUAUAAGACCAUGUUCAGUAAAUGGGUUAAAGUGUGUACAAUGAAUAAGUCUCUACGGGAGCGAGUUGAUGAGCUUGUUAAAGAGAAUGAUGUGCUUAAGAGGGCUGCCGUUAACUAUGAAUUUCAAGCUACUGAAAAUGAGAAAAAGUUGCAGGACACAAGGGCUGAACUAGAGAGCACUCAGAAAAAUUUGAAGAUGAUGAAUUCCGGCACCACCAAAUUGGAUCAUAUUCUCUCUAUGGGAAAAGCUAGUUGUGAUCGUCAUGGAAUUGGUUAUACUAGUGAAUGCUCAACGUCCAAGACAGUAUUUGUGAAGGAGACACCCGCACCUAAGCCUCAAAUUAUCCCCACUAAGAAAGGUAUUAUCUCACCCCCGCGACGUAAAAAGUUUGUUCCCAUAUGUCAUUAUUGCGGUUUAACUGGCCAUAUAAGACCAAGAUGCUACAAGUAUUUGAAUGCUUUGAAGAGAGCAAAUAGAUCGUCCUUCGAGAGAAGGAUUAGAAGCUUUCGGGAGAAAGUGCACUGCCAGCCGAAGGGAUUUCACCUUGCAGUUUUGAAGACGAGUGAUGCUCGCUGGAUAAAGCCAUUAAGCAGAUUCGAUACGGCGGCGACAAUGUCAAGGAGGGAGUCUCUAGGGGUAUAA